AUGCCUCAUAUCGCAAAUACGCCCGAAUCUCUCCUGCCGCGCACUGAUUCGCUAAACCCAUCCACCACAUGUAAAGGCACUACUGCCAAUGGCCGGCCAUGUCGCCGCCCUCUAGCCUCUCCAAUCGACUCGUCGUCUUCAGCCAAACAUGCGAGAGCCUGUCCAACAGAAUUGUACUGCUGGCAGCACAAGGACCAAGCCGUAUCAAUCCAUCAGGAAACGAACAAUGGGCCCAACAAGCCCGAAAUGAAGCCACGGUCCAGUAUCGACACUCUGAUGGAACGACUAGGAGUACUGGACAUCAACGAUGCAGAAGAAGUCAAAAAACGCAGGCAGCAAAGGAAAAAGAAACAAAAGAAACGAACCAUUUGCUGCUGUUUCGAGGUAAUCGAGGAGGAAGAUAUCGUACUACCCAGACCCGUACAUCCAACUCCAGAUCGCCCACAAAUGCAGCAACUCUCACCUAAGGCCCAAAAGCCGUCUUUAUCUGUGUCUCAGGAUCCAUCGACCUCACAGACAAACCCUCUUCUGCAAUGGAUCCCGCCGUCGGUUUCUCCAGAGACGAGUCUAGUUCUCCUUACCGAGAUGACCAAGCCGAUCUCCUACGCAGACGAGCCGGGCUACAUCUACAUGUUCUGGGCGACACCCUCCCAGACCUCCCGAUCCACUCCUCCUCCGGCCGACGUCGUAUCGUCACUCUUCCCCCCGCCGUCUGGGCAUCCUCGUCGCGUCAGUGACGCUCUUCGAACAGCCCGGGACCUUAACACCUUCACGACCAACCCGACGAACAGUAGCCCCGGUACUUUGCGUCUGAAGAUAGGCCGCACGAGCAAUGUGCAACGUCGACUGAACGAAUGGACAAGACAGUGCUCUCACGACCUCACUUUGAUCCGGUACUACCCAUAUACGCCAUCAUCACCGCAGCCAUCACCUGCAUGGCACGACCGACGCUCCAGACCCGGCCUAGAACGAGGACGAAAGGUGCGCCAUGUCCAUCGUGUGGAGCGACUGAUCCAUCUGGAACUCGCCGAUAUCAAAGCACGCAACCUUGGACGGUGUGACGAUUGCGGCAAAGAACACCGGGAGUGGUUCGAAGUACCGGCGGACAAAACAUCGCUGAAACGAGUGGAUAACUGUAUACGAAGAUGGGUAAAAUGGGCGGAGGAUCAUGCAUAG